CGGAGUGCUAAACGAACACCGCACCCCGGUACAACCGUGAGACAUAUCCACCGGCACCCCUCGACGGAAAUAGCGAGCGCCACCCGCCGCGCCCCGCCGCGCCGCGCUGCCCCUCGCCUCCGCUCCCCACUCCCCGACGCCGGCGCCGCCUGCAGCCGAUGCUUCACCGCCCUGCCGCCGGCGACCUCUGCUGAGCAUGGCCGCCGCUCCAGCGGGCGCCCAGAACCGCUGCGUCUUCGUCGGCAACAUACCGUACGAUGCGACGGAGGAGCAGCUUGUGCAGAUUUGCGAAGAAGUUGGCCCAGUCGUAUCCUUCAGAUUGGUUAUUGAUAAAGAAACUGGAAAACCAAAGGGUUAUGGCUUUUGCGAGUACAAGGAUGAGGAGACUGCUCUAAGUGCACGCCGCAACCUUCAGGGUUAUGAGAUUAAUGGCCGCCAGUUGCGUGUUGAUUUUGCUGAAAAUGGGAGGAAUACUGACAGAAAUAGAGAAAAGGGUCGUGGAGGACCAGGAAUGGCUUCUACUGUUGAUAAUCAGAAACAAUUAACUGGGACUUCUGUUGUUGGAGAUUCAAGCCUUCAUCAGCCUGUUGGUCUUCCACCGGCAAUACAUGCCGCAUCUGUGAUGGCUGGUGUUCUUGGAGGAGCUCAAACUGCAAAUGUUCAAAACGGUUUACCUGUCCAGUAUGGACUUGGAAACGACCCUCUUACUCAUUAUUUGGCCAGAAUGUCAAGGCAUCAGUUGCAUGAAAUCAUGGCUGAAUUGAAGUCCCUAACUACUCAAAAUAAGGAACUUUCCAAAAAUUUGCUGCAAGGAAUUCCACAGCUGCCAAAGGCCCUAUUUCAGGUGCAAAUAAUGCUCGGGAUGGUGACGCCACAGAUGAUGCAGAUGGCAAAGGGCCAACAGCCCUCUAGCUCCUUGGCACAAUCUUCAUCUCACCUCAAUGAACCACAGCCAGAUGCUAUGAUUCCAGUUGUCUCGAGACCGUCGAGUUUGCCAGCUAACAUACCACCAAACCCUCUUGUCCUGCAGGAACCAACUGUAACACUACAUAAUUUUCCUCAGUAUCAACAUGCAUCUCAGCCUCCAGUCAAAAUCUUUCGACAUGGACAUCAGUCUGGGGUGGCCACACAUCCUCCAAUGCUAUCACAGCCCCUCGGCGGUUCUUCCAAUGUUCCUACUCAACCCCUUGUGACAUCAGUAGGCUUAAUUUCACAAAUGCAGCCCCCAUUUAUGCCACAGCAAUCUAGACCACCAGUUAUGCCGACAAAUGUACAACAGCUACAGUUGAGCCACCCUCAUCUCCCUCAGGUAGCUGCUGCACCUGAGACACUACCAAAUGAAAUAAGAGUGGUUGAUCAAUCAAGUCACAUGGCGGAGUUUGCUCAUCCUUCAAAGUUGAGAAAAUUGGAGGAUGGAACCUCUGUGCCUGGAAUGGUAAACAACAGCCCUCCUGUUUGUACUGCUCCAUCGCAAGCAGUGGCUCCUAGUGGACUAUCAGGGAGCUAUAGUGCUGGUUCUGCUAGCUUUCAGCAACCAGAGAAUGAAGUGACACAGCUCACACCCGACGUGGAAUCAGCUCUUCUGCAGCAAGUAUUGCAGCUGACACCUGAGCAGCUGAGUUCAUUGCCACUAGAGCAGCAGCAGCAGGUGAUUCAGCUCCAGAAGAUGCUAUCAGCUGGUAGAUAGUGCGAACUGAACUGGCAUAGCAAAGUUGCCGGUUAAGCUACUUGCACAGCACAACAUGGCAACAGGUGGAAACUGGACAUGACUGUCGAUUUAUUUGUCAGCCACAACACCUGUAGCUUGUCAACAUUGUUGGCAUCUCUACGCCAUCAGUUUUGCUGAUGAUUGUUCAUGUGGCAUUCUUUCCUCUGAUCAGGAUAAAAAUGUGAUGGGAGAAGAUAGUGUGAAGAAAGGUGUUCAUUAUCCAUCACUUCUGUAUCAUUAUAGAAAAAAGAAUAAUCUGUAUCCCCAAAUGGGUUGUAGCAUCAGAUGUUUUUUGAACAUCAAAUUUUCUCAAAAAAAAUCAAGGAUAGGCAAUGGACUUUAUGUAUGCACGAUGAGGUGGAGAUUUGUUAUUUUAUUUCCAUAGUAAACUCCUUUAAUUGUUUUAGCAUGUUUGGAAGCUCUCAGCUCGUAC